UUCUAAACGAACGAAACCAGGCAGAACAGUAGACAUUGAGCGAGCGGUUGAACUGUUGGUUUGGAGUUCGCUUGGCGUUGCUGCUGUUCUUUGAAGCAGUCCUGCUACUCAGUGUUAUAGCUGAUGUGUCGGAAGUGCCAUUCUUGCUGGCCCUGCUGCUGCUUCUGCCGGCUGGGCUAGAAGCCCCCGGUGUACCUCGUGUACCGAAGCGAUUGAGUAAUCUGUGCUGGCGGGCCUGGCUUAGCCGAGCGCUAUGGAGAGUAGCGCCGGAGGAUCCGCGCGCGGAGCUAGCUCCGGCCGCGAGAAGAAGAAGGGCAAGAGCCCCGACGAGCCCUCGGCAGCUGCCGCAGCCGGGGAUCCGGGAGGAGGAAAAUCCCGGAAAUUCAAUCUGAAGCGGGUGAUGGCAGAUGAGAUUGAGAGAUUCACCAGCAUGAGGAUAAAGAAGGAGAAGGAAAAGCCUAAUGUGGCACAUAGGAAUUCCUCUGCAUCUUAUUCAGAGGUUUCUGGCUCAAGUCAGAUUCUGCAGGAAUAUGCAAAUGAUGAUGUGCUUUAUCUUUUUGAGAAGAUGCUGGUGGAUAUGAAUCUAAAUGAAGAAAAGAAGCAGCCUCUACGAGAAAAGGACAUUGUGAUCAAGAGAGAGAUGCUUUCCCAGUACCUGCAUGCUUCCAAUUCUGGCAUGAGUCAGAAGGAGAGUUCCAAGUCUGCUAUUAUGUACAUUCAGGAACUGAAAUCUGGUCUCAGAGAGGCUCAGCUGCUUAAUUGUUUGGAGUCCCUGCGUGUGUCACUCAACAAUAAUCCUGUCAGCUGGGUGCAAAAUUUUGGUGCUGAAGGCCUCAACUACCUGCUGGACAUACUGAAAGGUCUCCAUGAUGAAAAGGAUGAGUCCAGCCAAUUUGACCCUCGGAUCAAACAUGAGGUUAUUAGAUGCUUGAAGGCUUUCAUGAACAAUAAGUUUGGAAUUAAGAAAAUGCUCGAAACUGAGGAGGGGAUUCUGCUUUUGGCGAGAGCUGUUGACCCCAAAGCCCCUUCCAUGAUGACUGAUGCUAUCAAGCUACUUUCUGCCCUUUGCAUCCUGCCUCAGCCUGUGGACAUGCAUGAGCAGGUUCUUGGGGCAAUGACACAACGAGCAGAAAUGGAUGAAGUGGAACGAUUUAAACCCAUCUUGGAUGGUAUGAAGAGUGGCACCUCAUUGGCAUUAAAGGUAGCCUGUCUACAGUUGAUCAAUGCCCUGAUCAUUCCUUCAGAUGAGCUCGACUUCAGAGUUCACAUCCGCAGUGAGCUGAUGCGUUCUGGAUUGCAGCAGAUCCUUAAGGAGCUGCAUGCUCAAGACAAUGAGGAGCUGAAAGUGCAGCUGUUGGCAUUUGAAGAAUAUGGCGAAGAAGAUUCUGCGGAUCUCAGAGGCCGCUUGGAGGACAUUCGCAUAGAAAUGGAUGACUUUAAUGAAGUCUUCCAGGUUCUCCUCAAUACAGUAAAGGACUCUAAGGCAGAGCAGCAUUUCCUCUCUGUUCUUCAGCACCUUCUGCUAAUCCGCAAUGACUACGAGGCUAGACCUCAGUAUUUUAAGCUGAUUGAUGAGUGCGUUUCCCAGAUAGUUCUGCACAAGAAUGGUGCUGAUCCGGACUUUAAGUGCAAGCACCUUGACCUUAAUAUUGAGGGACUAAUAGAUAACUUGAUUGAUCAAACUAAGGUGGUGAAAAGUGAAGCCAAAGCCUUAGAAUUGGAGAAGAAGCUGGAUUCUGAAUUGACUGCACGUCAAGAACUGCAAGUUGAAAUGAAGAAGAAGGAAAAUGAUUUUGAGGAAAAAUUCCAAAAUGUACUUCAAGAGAAGGAAACACUGGAAGCUGAGAAACAGCAGGUCACUUCAGAGAAGAAAAGCCUGGAAACUGCUAUUUCUGUGCUGAAUAAUGAGAUUGCUGAACUAUCAAAAGAACUUGAAGAGACAAAGAAGAAAAUGGAACAUGUCACUGCUUCAGCUACUGCUGCUUUACCUGGUGGGAUUGGAGUUUCUCCUGGUGGAGAUACAGUGCCUCCAGCACCCCCACCCCCACCACCUCUUCCUGGCAUGGCCGGUGUGCCUCCAGCACCCCCACCACCCCCACCACCUCUUCCUGGCAUGACUGGGAUGCCUCCACCACCACCACCGCCGCCUCUUCCUGGCAUGGCUGGGAUGCCGCCUCCACCACCACCACCGCCUCUUCCUGGCAUGGCCGGGAUGCCACCGCCACCUCCACCACCACCACCUCUUCCUGGCAUGACUGGGAUACCUCUACCACCACCACCACCGCCUCUUCCUGGCAUGGCCGGGAUGCCGCCACCACCACCGCCACCACCGCCUCUUCCUGGCAUGGCCGGGAUGCCGCCACCACCACCGCCACCACCACCUCUUCCUGGCAUGGCUGGGAUGCCGCCACCGCCUCCACCACCACCACCUCUUCCUGGCAUGGCUGGGAUGCCGCCACCACCACCACCACCACUUCCUGGUGCAGCUGGAAUGCCGCCGCCACCACCACCGCUUCCAGGCGCACCACCACCACCUCCUCCUCUUCCUGGCGCGGCUGGGGUGCCGCCACCACCUCCUGCUCCUGGUGCACCUGGAAUACCACCUCCUCCCAUGCCACCUGGAUUUGGGUUCAUGGCACCUCCAGCUCUUCCAUUUGGAUUGGCUCCAAAGAAAGUUUACAAGCCAGAAGUUCCGCUAAGGAGAACUAACUGGUCCAAGAUAACACCUCAGCAACUGUCUGAGAACUGUUUCUGGGUCAAGGCCAAGGAAGAUCGUUUUGAGAAUGAUGAAAUCCUUGCCAAGCUGACUGUUGUCUUCUCGACUCCACAGCCCAAAUCAAGCAAGACAAAAAAAAAACAGGAAGAUGGAGAUCAAAAGAACCAGCCAAAGAAGAAGCCAAAAGAGCUGAGAGUGAUGACUCAAAAGACUGCACAGCCUCUUUCUAUUUUUUUGGGCUCCUUGCGCAUGCCUUAUGAAAAAAUUAAGAAUAUCAUAUUGGAGGUGGAUGAAGCUACGUUGUCUGAGUCCAUGUUGCAGAACCUAAUUAAGCUAUUGCCGAAUCCAGAACAAUUAAAGAUGAUAGCAGAACUGAAGGAAGAGUAUAAGGACCUAGCAGAGCCUGAACAAUUUGGAGUUGUGAUUAGUUCUGUUCCCUGCCUGAGGCCCCGCCUCAGUGCCAUCCUUUUCAAGCUACAGUUUCCUGAACAGGUGGAAAUGAUCAAGCCACAGAUAGUCUCCGUGACAGCAGCCUGUGAGGAAGUCCGCAAGAGUGAGAGCUUCUCCAGCCUACUCUCCAUCAUCCUCAUGAUGGGCAAUUACAUGAAUGCUGGAUCCAUGAAUGCCGGCGCCUUUGGUUUUAACAUCAGUUUCCUUGGCAAGCUAAAAGAUGUAAAGUCAGGUGACCAGAAGUUGACUCUGCUGCACUUCUUGGCUGAUAUAUGUGAGAUGCAACAUCCUGAAGUGCUAACGUUUCCUGAUGAACUCAUCCACGUGGAGAAGGCUUGUCAAGUUCCUGCUUUGGAAAUACGAAAAAAUCUGGACAUGAUAAAGAAGCAGAUUUCAGAACUACGAUGUGACAUUGACAGCUUCCCCAGCACCACAGAUGAGAAGGAUAAAUUUAUCGAGAAAAUGACCAGCUUUCUUAAGGAGGCCCAAGAGCAGUAUGAGAAGCUACGGAUGAUGCAUUCAAACAUGGAGAACCAAUAUAUGGAGUUAGGACAAUAUUUUCUGUUUGACAGCAACAAAAUACCCAUUGAGGAAUUCUUUACUGAUCUGCACAACUUCAAAAAUCUAUUUCUGCAAGCUCUAAAGGAGAACCAGAGGCGGCGUGAGACUGAGGAGAAGAUGCGCCGAGCUAAACUGGCCAAAGAAAAGGCAGAGAAGGAGAGACAAGAGAAACAGCAGAAGAGAGAGCAACUGAUUGACAUGAACGCAGAGGGCGAUGAAACAGGAGUUAUGGACAGUCUGAUGGAGGCCCUGCAGUCAGGAGCAGCCUUCCGUAGGAAAAGAGGACCACGCCAAGCAAACAGAAAGGUUGGCUGCGCUUUCACUUCAUUAUUAGCCUCGGAGUUGACCAAGGAAGGUGCCCUGGGUGCGAGCAAGCCAACAAAAAUACUGAAAAAGAGUGAGACCAGCGAAGCCCUUGAUGGAGAAGCUCCUGAGGAACCCACCAAAGGAGUAAACAGUCAUGAGAACUAGAGCCGAGUGCCAGGCUAGGACUAAAGCCCUUGGCAGGAGACACAUUUUACAGAGGAAUUAAAACACUGAGUCACUUUGCAGUCUUUUUAAAUUUUUUAAUUAAAAUUAAUUUUUAUUUUUUAAAUUUUUCAUGGGCAUGGGACGAAGAGACAACCAACAUAAUCACUUCUGCCUUGCCCACUCGAACAUAGAACAUACUUUAUUUCGGUCAUUGACCAGAAACAUUAUCACACACGACAGAAUGUAAUUUGCAUAAGAUAUACUAAUACAGUGGCUAUGUUUUGUUAUAUUUAUGAUUAAAAUUUGACAAUAAAAAUUUUAAGAGAGA